CAUCUAAAUAGAGUCUGAGGAAUGCUGGUAGCCUGGGGAGGAUUAUUUCUUGUUCUUCCUGUCUUACCUGCUGGUAAAGUCCACGCUCAGGAAAGUGAAGAAGAGAUGCUGACUCAGGAAGAGUCUGUGGCUGAGAACCAGCUUCCUGAUCUCCCUUUCAUGGAUGCAGAGGGCUCUGAUAUAAUAGCUUCAGAUCCUCAGCAGAGAAAGAACAUUGUCUGUUACUGUCGAUCCAGCUGCCUUAGCCGGGAAUUGUCUUCUGGGUCAUGCUGUAUCUCUGGUGUAUAUUACCGACUGUGCUGUAGAUAACUCAAAGAACUUCAUUAACCAGCUCCAGCAUCCAGUAGAGAAUCACUAUUGAUCCUUGUAAUUCCCUUUCUGUAGCCCCAA